UUUUUUUUUUUAACCAGGAACUGUUCGCGCAUGCGCAAAACAAAACAUUUCACCUGGUUGUCAACGACUUUCAUCAAAAAUGGUUUCAUCCGCAGAUUGUCAACAUUAACGCUGCAGUUUAACAGAUGGCUUUACUGAAAGCAGAUAUGUGAUCUCGCCAGCGGCAUCCGGGAAAGCGUGUAUUGCUGUCAGUAUACCCACCACCGACGUCGCAUUUGGCGUAACGUAACAUCGUCCAUAACCUAUCCGUUCAACCAUUCAUCCAUCUAUCUAUCCAUCCAUCCACCUGCCCACAAGACUAACAAAAACUGACAGCCCCUCACAGCUCAGAACUUCUCAAAAAAUCUCCGUCCGACUGACAACGGUGUGAUGUUCGUAUGUGACCUUGGAGUUGGCUUUUAGUCCCAUUGUGAAGGACGAUGAAUGCAGAGGAGUUGGAGCUCCUCGGUGACUCGAAAUACAGGAACUAUGUAGCAGCGGUAGAUAAGGCCCUUAAAAACUUUGAGUACUCCAGCGAAUGGGCCGAUCUGAUCUCAGCGCUCGGGAAGCUCAACAAGGUCUUGCAAAACAAUGGCAAGUAUCAGGUUGUGCCCAAGAAGUUGACCAUUGGAAAGCGUCUGGCCCAAUGUCUCCACCCGGCGCUGCCCAGCGGAGUUCACCGCAAGGCCCUGGAGACCUAUGAAAUCAUCUUCAAGAUCAUUGGACCAAAGCGCCUGGCAAAGGAUCUUUUCCUUUAUAGUUCUGGCCUCUUCCCUUUACUAUCCAAUGCUGCUAUGUCUGUGAAGCCAGUAUUACUUGGUUUAUAUGAGACCUACUAUCUGCCCUUGGGGAAGACUCUUAAACCAGGCCUGCAGGGACUACUGACAGGUGUACUGCCUGGUCUGGAGGAGGGCUCAGAGUAUUAUGACAGGACCAAUACCCUGCUAGAAAAGGUGGCCGCAGCAGUGGAGCAGCCGGCCUUCUACAGUGCCCUGUGGGGCAGCAUCUUAACCAGCCCUGCUGUGCGCUUGCCUGGAGUGUCCUUCGUCUUACUGCACCUUAACAGAAAACUAUCCAUGGAGGACCAGCUGUACAUCAUUGGCAGUGACAUCGAACUGAUGGUGGAAGCAGUCAGCACAUCUGUACAGGAUUCCAGUGUGCUAGUGCAGAGGAGCACCCUGGAUCUUAUCCUCUUCUGUUUUCCCUUCCAUAUGAGUCAGGCUACUCGUCCAGACAUGAUCAGAAUUCUGUCUGCAGCUCUUUCAUGUCGUUCUAAGAAGAGACAUGUCCCUGAACCGUAGACUGUAUGCUUGGCUGCUGGGUCCUCGUAGCACCCGACUCAGUAACCCAGAAGAGCACGUCACACACUACUUCAACACUUAUUCCAAGGACAUGCUCAUUCAGGUAAAGUCAAAUGUAUA